GCGAAACGAGUGCUGAGUGUGUGAGCAAUAAAUUGAAUGAUAUUUUUGUGUCAAAUGUUAACCAAAAAUAUUGAAAUGAAAUUAAAAUGACUUUUAAAUGAGUUUUAAAUGAGUUUUACAUUCAAUUCAAUCACAAUAUUAUGCAUGAAAUUAGUGACCAAUGAAUGAAUGCAUUGAAUGAACGCGAAGAGCAAUAACUGAUCCAAUGGCCGACCACCAGAUGAUCACCGAUUGGAUCAAUUGUGGCCCUUAUGUGACACAAGACCUGGAAGUGAUCGAAGACGAGUCGCUUCUGGAGGCGAUCUUCCGAUACGUGGAGCACUCGCGCACUGAUGACCAGUGUUUGGAAGGGAUUUGCAAUAAAUUGUAUUCAUAUUAUCGCUCAAACGACGAGCGAUUGGUCCGCUUCUGUCUGGCAUUCAUUCCUCCGCUGAUUGGUGUCCACGUCGUGAACGCAACCAAUUGUACGCCCAAUCGUGCCGUCGAUGUCCUACUUCUGGGCGUCUAUAACCUGGAAGUGGUCGACAGCGAGGGCCAGCUGUUGGCGCAUACAUUCCGAUUGAUGUCAUUAGCGAAGCCCUCUGUAUAUCACGAGCCGUCACCACAUUCUUCGGCUGCGAACCAGUCCUCACUCCUCACUGAACACAACAUUUCAAAGCUCGACAACAUUUGCGGUGAUCUCGAGAUUCCACUCUUCGGUCCCUACCCUGAGGUCGAGCACAUUGUCGCCCAGAAUCGCAUGGAUGUGAUCACUGUCUUAAUGAAAGUCUUCAAUCAAAACAUUAGUUUAUUAAACAAGAAAUCGUUGACCGCUUUGUGUCGCAUGUCUUUGAGACUUCUACGCCAGGGAUCUAUCAAUAUAUCGAUUGAAAAGUUGAAUUCAGUGAAUGUGAACGCAUUGUUCGCUUGCAAUCAAUUGAUUUCCAGAAAUUGCACGAAAAUCCCAUUGAGUUCACAGUUUUUGGUGGAGAUCACGAAUUCCUUAUAUUUUUGUCUCUAUAACGGGGCCACAGAUCUGGCCUUAGAAGCGCUCGAAGAGAUACAUAACAGAGCUGUCAAUCACUUAUAUACAGACGUUUUGCUGAUGACAAAUGCAAUCAGAAAUUCCCUUUUGAUAAACUCGGGUCAGCCCUCCGACGGACCGAUGGGUAUAAACGUGGCGCUGUCGCCCACAUCCAGCACUACGUUAACGACCACAGGAAUGGCAAAGAUAGCCAUCACUAACGCCUCGUUCAAGACUCGCAAACUUCCGGAUGACAUUCCAAUAGUGGCCAACACUCAGAGCGCCACAAACCUCGGGUCCAACCAAUUGGGAUCCAUUAACGAGGAGUCGGAGGAUACCAAAGAGACCACUGAGAAGCCCAAGAGUGCCAUAAAGGGUGUGACGUCAGGCAUCGGCAAAAUGAAUGUCAUUCAGAAGCUUAAAGAUAUCAAAGACAAGAAAAAGGAGACGAAUGUCGCGCAUAAGAGCUCCAAAUAUCAGACGCAGACGUCUCUGAAGUCAGAGAACGGCGAUGUCGUCAAUAAGCUGUUGACUCACGAGGACAGUAGCAAUGAUUACGGGUCCGACACGUCCGGCAUAUCAGACACUAAACUAUCGUUUUCUGAAGAGGCUAUACCUCUGAGUGUAUUGAACACAAACAAAGCUUACUUCGACACCAAUGAGGACAACGCCAGCGAAUCCAGUGCUGAGAGUCGGAACAGCUCUGAGACCGCAAAAGUGCCUCUCGUUAGUGUCAACUCCGAGUCCGCUCUCAAUCCCAAUAAACAUAAUAAUAAUAACGAAACUUCUGUUAACGUCUAAUAAAAAUGACUU